AUGGAGUACCACAUUAGAUGCAAUGUUGCCCAAGGUGGAAGCUACGAUAUCGAUAUCUCCCGCGAAUCGAUUGUCAAUGAUUUAAAGAAAAAGAUAAGCUCAAAGACUGGAAUUCCUGUUGAAGACCAGUUUAUUGUUUACAUGGGCAGAGUUUUGGAUAAUCCACUUGACCAGUUGGAAGCAUGCUGUAUAAACGAGAAUUUUCUCAUCCACGUAUUUAGUAAAUCCUUCCUUGCUCGGCAUAGGGACUAA